UAUUUGUGAUGAUAGAUCUUGAGAAGAUCUUUCCGACGCAACGAGAAUCCCUUCAAUCGGAGCAAGAACGCGAAAGCUAUGAAGAUUCAAAGUUCAUGAGCUUGCGUUACAAUUGCGGCGGUUACAAAGUGAAGUUGUGGGGUGACUUUAUAUGGAGUUGGGACCUUUGGGGUUGGGGAAAUUUGUCACUCUACUGUAACAGCUGCAAAUUGGUUGGGAACAACCAAGCUAGGUUGGCAAGGGUGGCCAACUUGGAUGGAUUGGUUGGGAAGGGACAAAGGUCAAAGUUGAGGUUCCUAUAGGGAGGGAAUCUUUGUGCUUAUGGGGUUUCCUUGGUUGGGGACUCUCUUGGGACCUUCCCUCUCAUCUCUCUCUUCUAUCCCAACCUUUCUCUUGCUCCUCCAAUUCCUUAAUUUCGGAUUUAUAUUUUGAGUAUUUCUAGCUCCUAAGCACACCUAGACUCCGUCCUUAGUCCUAACAAGUGGUAUCAGAGCGAUAUUAAGGACAUUGAGAGGAGUCUACAGAAGUGUGAAGACCCUUCUAGACCCACCAUGGCCUGUGGGUGUGCCUAAGUGGUGUUCUAAAGGUUGGAUGUGUCUUCCGCUAAGGGGAAACUCUGCCGAAAUUUCGUGGACGCCGACACUUGUGAAAAUAUCGAGGGAGCUGAGUGUGGACAGCAAAGGGGAGCUGAAAUUCGUCAUUUCUCAAGAAGGAGAUGAAUGAGAGAGGAGGAGAUGCUAAUGGAAGAGGAGCUGUAGCUGAGAAGACAACAAGAUCAAUGGACACCUGAGUGGCUAAGGCAGCAGAUUCUGCAGGAGGACUUCCGCAGACGCCAUGUGGGAGGCGGUGCUGCCACUAAGACUGCUGAGGGGUAUGGAGCUGCAAGGCGCGGCAGAGGAAGAGGGGGUUGGAGAGGCCGAGGCCGUGGGAGAAGCUUUGGCAGAGGUAGAGGCCGAGGUGACUAUAAUGAGGGGCAUGGGAGCUCCAGUGGCAGGGGGAGUACCAGAAUGGAGGGCACCUGCUGGUACUGCAAGAAGGUUGGGCAUCCUUGGUUCAAGUGCUUCAGCCGGCCGGAGGGAUGGUCACCUCCAGGCAUGAAGCCGCCAAGUGGUGAACGCGCACAAGGUGGCGCUGUGCAAGGCUCAGGUGCACAAGGUGAAGGUGCACAAGGUAACGCCUAUCCUGGGAUGUAUCUCAUGGUUGAGGAUGUGCAUGGGCAUGAGGGUGAUGUGGGAUCUGUGGGAAAGGUUGUGAUGCACCCUCUCACGCACUGGGUGAUUGAUUCGGGUUGCACCAGUCACAUGACUCCACGGGCAUAUUUGCUUGAUGAGGUAAAACCCCCUGGGAAGAUUAAGUAUGUGGCAGCAGCGUCAGGUGCUUUGCUCCCCGUGAUUGGUGUUGGGAAUGCCAAGGUUAAGGGAGCUAAUGGGGAGCUUGUGGGGCUUGGGAAUGUUCUGCUGGUUGAAGGCUUGUCUGCUAACCUUCUCUCUGUGCGACGACUGCAGAAGAGCAAGGCCGAAGUGACCUUUGGACCAACCAGCUGCCGUGCUAAGCUUGGGAAGAAGAUGCUGUGGAGUCUGGAAGAGGAGACCAGCUGCAUCAAGGACCUGUGGCAGCUGCCCAUCAUCCCAUGGAAUGGGAAGACUCCAACAGCAGCAACGGCAGCAGCGGCAAAGGCAACAGCAGGAGGAGAUGCAACUGCACCAACUGAUGGGGUCCUGGAAGCAGUCAAGAAAGUGCAGCAGCAGCAGACACAUGGUGAGGUGCUUGCUGGUGUGGAUGCGAGUGCGGCAUGGGCUAAGGCUUCAUCAAAGAGUGGAGAGGCCGAUUGGGAGACAUGGCAUGAGAGGCUGUGUCAUGUGAACUUCCCUAUGCUGCAAAAGUUGGUGAAGGAUGGGAGCCUGAAGGGCUUGGAGGUGAAAGGGGGAGUGAAGGAGAUUGGGAGCUGCCCUACAUGCUUGGAGACCAAGUUCUCCAAGUUCCCCUUCAACAGCACUACAGGACCAGCCAAGACCCCACUUGCACUUGUCGCCCUUGUGAAGAACAGGGUGCUGGCUACAGUUGGAGAUAAGGAGUGGAUCCCAUAUGUCAAGUGGUAUGGGAGUGCUCCAGCUGUGAACAUGCUGAGGGCAUUUGGGUGCAUGGUGGUGUUUCAUGUGCCUAAGGAGAAAAGGGGGAAGCUGGAGGCUUCUGGAAGAUGGGGUGUGCACUUGGGGAUUGCAAAGGAUCACAAGGGGUGGCUGCUAUGGGACUUGACCACCCAGAAGUUGACAGUGUCAAGGGAUGUGAAGUUUCUUGAGUCCCUGUACUACAAGGAAUGGAAGCAGCAGCAACAGAAGCUUCCAUCUAUACCGCUCAUUGUGGAGGCACAUGAGGUGCAGCAGUCUUCAAGACAGGUGGAGGUUGCAGUGUCAGAGGAGGAGAUGUCUGGGGUGACUGAGGAAGGGGGAGCAGCUGAAAUUGAGGAAGAUGAGAUCGCUCACUGCUACUGGGCACCAAUCCCUGAGCCCAAGACUCGAGAAGAGGCCUUGAAUGGACCAGAUGGGGAGAAGUGGAAGGCGAGUGAGGAUGAGGAGUUCGGGUCCCUGAUUGAGAACGAGACAUGGGACCUGUGUGACUUGCCUCCUGGAAAGAAGGCAAUCACUUCCAAGAUGAUCUACAGGCACAACCUGUUCCUGCUGCAGGAGAAGGACGAAAUCCUCAUGCUCUUGGUGUAUGUGGAUGAUAUCCUUCUCUUUUCUGCAUCCACUGCUUUGCUGGACAGCGCAGAGCAGAUGCUGGAGAUGCAGUUCAAGUGCUCCAAGAUGGUGGGAUUGGAGUACAGUGGAGUGAGGCAGCGGUUGCAGAGAGGUGCUGCAGAUGUGAAGAGUGGAGAGAUGCUCUUGAGUUGCUAUACUGACGCUAGCUUCAACUCAGUGAAAGCGGAUGGCACCAGCAUUGGGGGUUAUGUGUGCUUGCUAGGAGGUGGUGCUGUGAGCUGGCGCAGCAAGAAGCAAAAUGAGAUGGGAUUGUCUUCAUGUGAGACUGAGUACAUGGCCUUACACCAUGGGGCCAAGGAAGUGGUAUGGCUGAGGCGUUUGUUGGAGGAGUUGGGAGUUGGUCAGGAGGAGCCGACAGUUGUGUUCUGUGACAAUGAGUCCGCAGUGAAGCUGGCCAAGAAUGCUUGUCUGCAUGGGCUGACAAAACACAUAAGGCCUAAGUGGCAUUGGGUGAGGAGACUCCUUGAUAAGGAGGUGCGGCUGGAGAUAGUGAAGACCCAUCAGCAGGCAGCAGAUAUUUUCACUAAGCGUCUGGCGGAGGCGGAUCAUUGGAAGGGCAUGAAGCUUGCUGGGAUGAGUGUGCAUUGAGUAUGCAUGCUUGAGAUGUGGUAU